UGCUAAUCACGGUUGACAGAUUUUUGCGGUUAAAUUUUUGUAAUGUAUAUGAAUGAAUUUCUGAUUAAACAAUUUAAUAAUUUUCAGUAAUUCACCAGUAAAUGAUGCAGAACACAAAGGGCCUCGGACAUGGAUAGCAGUGGAGGACUCUUGUGAACAUGGCAGUGAACCUUCAGGUUCCAUAAAAUGCUGGGAAAAUCUUGAGUAGUUACACAACUGAGGGCUUCUCAUGAAUGGCCUUUCACCAUGGAGUUAAUUAUCACGCAGGACACAUAAAUGCAAUGGCAAAAGUACAGUGUCUUUUAAUAUUAAAGUAUCCGCCACUGUAUUUUAAAGAGACUGACACAUAUUACAAAUGGAUGCGAAAGAAAUAAAACAGUCUCUUAAAAAUGCCCGAGAAGCUAUAAAAAACAAAGAUUUCAAAACUGCCCUGCAACUAUGUAAAGCUGUUCUGAAAAGUGACAGAAAUAAUUAUGCUGGGUUAGUACUCUUUGGCGUGGCACUACAAGACUCAGAGCAGAAGGAUCAAGCUCCAAAGGCCUUUAGGAAAGCUGUUGAAGUUUCACCAAACCAAAUACUAGCAUGGCAAGGGUUGGCUUCUUUUUAUGAGAAGGAAAACUCCGAGUCAGAUCAGAAGGAGCUUUUUCCAAUAUAUCAGCAGUUGCUUUCACUUGAAAGUGAUGAAGCAAAAUUUGCAGAUAUAUGCAACAAACUAGCCAUGGUGGCGUUGAAAGUGUCCAAGGUUGAACAGUGUGUUGAUAUUUUAAUGGCAGAAAUGAAACAUGGUUCUCCAGAGAAGCAGAAAGUGGUCAGGAGAACAUUGGCUUCUGUGUUAAUGCAGGAGAAGGAUCUUUCUGCAGAGAUGGCAGCAGUGCUGGAAACAUCUUUGGGAAUUAUUGUGAAAGAAUCCUCACCUGAAGACAUUGAAGAAUAUUACAAAAAGUAUCUUAGGUUGCUAUAUAAAAACAAGAAAUUGACUUUGCUGUUAGAGGAAGCAAGAAACAUGCAUUCAUUAUACCCAAAGUCAGAAUUGCCUCUAGAAUGGAUUUGCAAAGUUUACAGUGAACAGAUUGCACAAGGCGUGAAAGUGUUAGAUGUAUUUGAGGACAACAUUGGAGAGUAUUACAAGAAACUAGAAGUUCUUAACCCUGAAUCAAGCAUGGUGUUGCUUGCAAAAGGAGCUGAAUUGUUCAAAAAUAAAAGCUUUGUAGAAGCUUGUGAUGCACUAACACAAGUUAUUGGUGCACUUUCUGAGUCUAGUUAUGUUUGGAUCCUGCUUUGCCAAUGUUAUCUCCAUACCUACCGUUACAGCAAUGCAGAACAUUGUGCUAAAGAAGCACUGAAAAUUAUUGUGAAGGAAACUGUUGAUGAAAACCUACAAAACUUGGUGCUUACCUUUCUGGUGAAGUCACUAUCAUUACAGAACGAAGAAGAAAAGUUAAGGGAAGCUGUGGAAAAAUGUACUAAGAUAUUAUCCAGAGACCCAAUGAAUCAUGAUGUAAUGGAAUGCAUGACCAGAGCUCACAUUAUGCUUGGAAAUGAGGAUGAGGUUAAGAAGUGCAUGCAAGUUGUUCAGAAUGAAAGCAAAUCAGCAGUGGCUGUAGCAUUACUGUCUGCCCUCUGCUUGAGAAACCAGAAUAAACAGAAAGAGGCCAUAGAAGAGCUUGAUGCUGCAGUUUUGCAAGAACCUAAUUCUGCAAUGUUAUGGUUGGAGCUUGGAAAACUGCACUGGGAAGAAGAAAGAUACAGUCUGAGUUUGGCAGCAUUAUUGAAGGCAACUAAACUGGAUCCUCAUUGCUACUCUUGUUAUGUGUACUUAGGUAAUUAUUACAAUCUUGGUGCUAAAAAUUUGGAUAAGGCACGACGUUGCUAUCAGAAGGCUUUCCGUUUGAAUCCAUACUGCAAAGAAGCUGGAGCAGCACUCAGUGAUAUUUACAGACUCCAGAAGAAUCCAGAGGCCAAUAUUCAGCUUUUGACUUAUGUAACCCAGACUGUUGGAUGUACUGAAGCUAAGUGGGCGUGGCUACGCCUUGGUCUUCACCACACAGAACAAGGCAAUCAUCAGGAAGCAAUUGAUAGUUUGCUUUCCGCUAUCAGGGGUGAUCCAACUGACAGUCACUGCUGGGAGAGUUUGGCUGAUGCAUACUAUGGUCGAGGAGCAUAUACAUCAGCUCUGAAAUCGUACCAGCGUGUUCUAGAAUUGGAUCCAGAUGCAAUUUACCCUGCAUUCCAAAUGGGUACUAUCAAACAGAACACAAAGAUUUAUCUUGCCUAUGGAAAUUACUAGGUGAUGCAUGCACAUUAAUAGCACAACUGCCAGAUAGCUACUCCUAUGUGUGUAUCAGAAAAUGGAUUGCAGAUUCUUCAUCAGAAUGUGAGGAGGAAGGUGAAGUUGUAAUUUUGAACAAAGAGAAUGUGUUUCAACAAGGAGUGAGGUGUUAUUGUCGAGCAUUGAGUCUUCGUCCAAACGACAGUCUCAUAUGGCAUGACCUAGCAAAUGUUUACCACUUGCAAGCAAAUUUUAUGAAACCUUCAAAUGUGAAAAAACAAAUACGAGAAUAUGCCCUUGCUGCUGUCAAGAGAAGCAUUCUGCUGAACCCAAGGGAUUGGCAGCAUUGGAACUUGCUAGGUGUCAUUGCAUCGUCUGUAGAAUUAAGCAAUUUGGAUCUUGCACAGCAUGCAUUCAUCAAGUCUAUACAACUGGAGAAAAAUAAUGCUAUAACAUGGACUAACUUAGGAACUUUAUAUUUGUAUUUAAAUGAAAUCCAAUUGGCUCAUGAAGCAUUCAAAGUAGCCCAGAGAUCUGAACCAUCCUACAUUGAAAGUUGGAUUGGCCAGGCUUUGGUUGCUGAAAGCAUGAAUCACGAGGAUGCGAUGGACUUAUUUCGACACACGACGCAAUUGGGAAUUCAUAUGGAGAGCUGUAUUGGAUAUUCUCAUUGGGUCUGUUCCACUCUUAAAAAUUCAGACAAUCAGAAUGACCCACAUUAUACAUACAGCAUUGAGAAGAUGUUUGCUGUUCCAGUGGCAGGGGAUGCAAUGGUCUGGUACACAGGUAACAUUAAAGGGAAUGCUUGUGCAUAUAACAUGCUGGGAUUCCUGUUGGAGAGACAGCAAUUAUAUCGUGGAGCAGCAGAAGCUUUUGAAACGGCUCUACAGCUGCUGGCAACAGAUGAAGACUCUACCCUGAGGGACAUAGUGCUGAACAAUCAUGGAAGGGUGUUGGUUUACUUGCAGCGAUAUGAAGAAGCCAUCUGUCAGUACCAGAAGAUUAAGAAAGCUGACUUCAUCACACAAUGUGGUUUGUCUGUGGCAUAUUUUAAAGCCAAAAUGUAUGAAGAUUCUUAUGCAGCUUAUGAGACAGCUCUGGAAUGGCUUGCCCCUACUGAUGGCCAGAAGUCCCAUAUCCUAGUGGCUAUGGCAGCAGUUGCUUACAUGUGUCAAGGAUUGGAAGAUUCUAAAACAUUGCUGUUCCAGUGUAUCACAUUGAAGCCCCCUUCAGUCCAGGGACUGUUUGCAUUCUGUUCACUUGGCAUGUUGCACUCUGACCUCACAUUGGCAGAACUGGCUCUCAAAGAACUGAUUCCAUACAGAGACAGCCCUGAGUAUGUGUCUCACAUUGCUGUCUUCAAGGCUUAUACACACUUCUUGCAGGGUCGCAGUGCUGAGGCAAUUCGAGCACUGAGCAGUACAGUUCACAGACAUCCUGGAGAACCUUCCUUGUGGUUAGCACUUGCAUUGCUUCUGCUGCAUUUGUAUUCAGAGUGCAAGCCUUCAGGGGCAGCUCGAUGUGCGCAAGCUGCUAUGGCUCUUGGGCGGAAUAUGAUUGAUGUUUCAAAGGUGAUGUCACUUGUAAGCCUAAGCCACCUACUGUCAGGCAAUGCAGUAGAAAGUUUAAGAACUUCUCAGAAGGCUGUGCACAUGUUUCCUGAUAUUCCUGACAACUGGGUAGUACUAAUUGCUUCUUUUAUGCCAAAGUGUAUACACCAGCACUCUUUGGAAGAUGCCUUGUGGUUGAAGCGUCUUAUUAGCCACGUGCGAAGGAAACUAAAUGCAUCACGUCAGAUGAGCCAGUGGCUGAGUAACCAUGAACGUAAAGUGACACUUAUUGCAGAGGAAUAUAGAAAUCACUAGUUCUUAUUGAGUCUUAUGUUGUGAUAACAGUAUAAUUUUUUGUCAUCUGAUUAUGUGAUGUUUUAAGAUAUCUGACAUGUAAUGGAGGCACCAGCUUCAUCUGACUGCCCAUCAUGAAGUCAUAUCUGAAUUCCUCUCAUUCUAAUCUUACAACAGGUGGGACAGCCCACAGACUAAAAUUGACACUUGUGAAUGCAAAAUCUGAUAAUUUCUACUGGAAAACAGCUAUUUCAUAUGUAAAUAUAAAAGACAAACUCAUAAUUAGUUUCCAGCCAGAUGGAGAAGGUUCUUAUAAAAUUAAAUUAUCAAAUUCAUCCAUUUAUAUUUUUUACAUGAUACUUAUUAUGUAGUUUUAAAGUAUAUAUAAAGGAAUAAUUUUGUUAAAAAUAA